UCUUUCUCUCUGUCCUUAGAUCAGUUAACUGAAUAUUCUUGUCCUUGCUUCUUUGGGAUCUCAUGUAGUUUGUACUGUCCAGUUUCGCUGGACCUUUUAUCUUCUUUUGUUGGGAUUUAUGCCAGAUAGAUCUUUUUUGUUUCCCUUUCAUGGGGUUUCAUAGUUUGGGGGUGUAACUGGCAAGAGAAUUCGAGAAAGUUCACAUCUACGUGAUGUUCUGUCUGAGACACUCAGUUCUUCCUGAAAAUUUAAGCGAAAUUCUGCACACCCAAAACCAACAUGUUCCUUGUCUGUCAAUUAACCACCCAAAGUUUUUUUUUUAACUGUUGCAUUGGUUAUAUUACUUACCAAAAGCUACUUAAUGAUUGUGGGUUUUCAUGACUCCAGUUUAAGGUUCUUGGACAAUUAGUUUUCUUGGGAAGGUUUGCUCUUGUUGGAUUUCUUUUCCACUCAAAAAUUUUUGUUGAGUCAUUGACCUUUUGGUUUUCUUGCUUUCCUGCUUGACUGGCGUUUGAAGAUGAAUAUUCUUUCUCUGUUAAUGACAGGGAAAUAGAAAUAUGAUUAAUAAUCAACAUUCUAUAAUGAUUUUUGUGGGGAUUUUGGCAACAAUUUUUAGAGCUGGUGGACCUAGUUUUCCUGUAUUUCUUCUGCUUUCACAUACCUUUUCAGCUAAAUUGAAAGAUUGAUGCUGGAUCUCUUAAAAAGGUAAUCUUUAAGAGACUAGUAAGCAAUGGCGUCAGCAGAAGGGAAGGCACCUUAUGCCGCUAAGUGUUUUACUCAAGAUUUCCGGAUUCCCCUAAAUACUUCGGAUCAUCCUUCACCAGUUUCAAAAAAAUUAGUAUCUGAUUGGAUUCCUUGUGAUUCUACUAAUGACCAAAUUCAUGCCAAUUCAGUUUGCAUGCCCCAUGAUCUGAAUUCUGAUAAACUACCAGAAAUGAAAUGGUGGCUACAUGUGAAGAGUGAUUUGGGUGAUGAAACAAAUUAUAAUUCCUACGAGUCUGAAUUUGGUGCAUUCUAUGCUGAAUUGCUUAAUAGAAGUGUCAAGAGUGGGACAGAUCAAUUGGUCAAAGACUUCGAUACUUUGUCUGAUUUGGAAAGUGAUAAUUUAUCUGUAGAGCACCCGCGGCAUGUCUCUCCUACGUGUAUGAAAAACAGCAAUACAAGAAUGCCAAAAUUUGAGGCUUCACUGAAUACUGAUUUAAAUCUUACUCCUAAGAAGAAAGAUCAGGGGGAACUAUGUUUUUCAGACAGUCGUUUUAUGGAUUGUGAUAUUUCCAAUUUCUUGGUCUCUGAACAAGUUAAGAUGACAUCAUCUGAUAUAGAAUCACAUUUGAUGGGAGAUGAGGAAACUGGCCCUUGGUGGCGCACUGCUGGAAAAGAUGAAUUGGCUUCCUUGGUUGCUCGGAAGUCACUUGAUCAUAUUGAGAAUUGUGAUCUCCCUCAUCCCCAAACUAAGCAUGUUAGUCAGAGGCCUCCCUACCCUAAAGGUGUUGACCAUGAUAAGAUUCUACCAUCAUCUUUGAAUCGUAAAACCGAGUCUGGUUCUUCUGAUGCACAUGGUUAUACAACGGGAAUAUCCACGUCUGACUGCUCAUUUCAGGAUUCAAGUAAGCUUUCCAGUUUCAUCCAGAGCACAGAUUCUAGUUCAAGCAACAAAGGAUGGCACACAAAUUCUGAGAACAGUAGCAUGUCUGAGCUAUUGAAAGCUUUGUGUUACUCUCAAACAAGAGCAAGAGAGGCUGAGAAAGCAGCACAGCGAGCUUACAGCGAGAAGGAGCACAUCCUGAGUCUCUUUUUUCGACAGGCAUCACAGCUCUUUGCUUACAAGCAGUGGCUCAACAUGCUGCAGCUGGAGAACCUCUGCCUGCAACUCCGAAACAAAAACCAGUCAUUGAUAAAUCUCUUUCCAGCAUCCUUACCCUGGUCCCCGUGUAGGGGAAUGCUGCUUAAGAAGAGUCAUGACAAAGCUGGGAAGCGGAAGAAUAGUAACAGAAGAUGUGGGAUUACAAAGUGUGUUGUUGCUUUUGCGGUGGGAAUAGGCCUUGCCGGUGCUGGCUUGCUUCUCGGUUGGACCAUGGGAUGGAUGUUUCCACCGUUAUAAAUUCCAUCUUGGUUAAGUUCAUGCUUCUGUUAUGAUUUUCUGGAAUUUGAGUUCUGUUGUGCAGAAAAGAUUCACAUGAGUGGAUAUACAAUGUUAUCCAUGGUUUCCAUGCCUACAUUUGUGUAUAUUCCUCAUACAUUUGCGACCAUUAGUUGUAUAUAUUCAAGAACAUAUAGUGUAGAAAUAUCCACUUCCACCUAUUGGGGAAAGGCUUAGUCGUGGCUGUAGUGCAAGAAGAAUACUUUUAGUAGAUAUGUAUAAAGUUUGCUUUAAGUACCAAAUGUACUUAGUAAUUACUUGAAAUAUGUAAACAGUCAAAAUAGUUAGUCAGGUCUGUGGGUCACAGAUGGAUGUCAUUCCCAUAUUAGGUGCUCGAUCUGUUUAUCUCUCACUUUGUUGUCUAUCUCUUCAUCCUUUAGCUUUCAA